AUGAACCGAUCAAAUGUUCAUCUUCUGGAUCUACCUGAUGAAAUAUUACUUAUUAUUAUGAAGAAAUUAAACAAUAUUAAUGUACUUUAUUUUUUAUUGGAUAUUAAUAAUAGGCGACUUAAUAAUCUUGCACGAGAAAACAUUUUCAGCAACAUUCUGAAGUUUGACUCCAUUGAUAAUAUUUCUAUAAUCGAUCGAUUCUGCAAUGAUAUAUUACCAAGAAUUCGUCAUAAUGUAAAAUGUUUUGUUUUUGAUGCAGUUUUUAUGGAACGUAUUCUUCUUGUUACUGACUAUCCAAAUUUAACUAAACUUACAAUUUGUCAUUUCCAACAAGAAAUUGCUUCAAAUUAUUUUACAAAACCAUCUGUUAUGUCAUAUCCACCUUUAUCACUUUGUUAUUUGCCAUCGACUACUUUUUCAUCUCCGAUUCUUACUCAUUUAUAUAUCAAUGUCGAAACGUUAGAUGAUUGUUUUUAUUUACUUGAUGGUCGACUUAGAAAACUGACAACAUUGUGUGUUAAUGUCUAUUAUGUAAACACAUUUGUAGAAAUUGUUCACAAUAUGGAUCAAUUAUUGAAUCUGAAAUGUUUUUCAUUAAAAUUGUUCCAUUCAUUUGAACAAUAUGAUAAAACUGCAUUAAUUCUUCGUCGUCGAAAUAAAGUCAUUGAUGGUACUAAUGUUCAACAUGAUAUUUUGGAUUAUAUGCCACAACUUCGUUCAUUCACUUUCUAUAUUUGUACUUAUGUCGAUCCGGUUGCUUUACCUUACAAGUCAUCUAGUGAAGAUAUUCAACAAACAUUAACAAAUAUUGGACUACAACAUGUCAGUAGUAUGGUCAGUUAUGUUACUACUAAUGGCAUCUUUCUUUAUGAUGUCAGAGCUGCAUGCUCAAUUUUCUCACUUCCUUUUAAAUUUGAUUAUCUUCGGGAUCUUGGCAAUACAUUUCCAAAUAUUGUAUUUAGUUAUGUUACCUAUUUAGUUAUAGAAGAUACUAUUCCAUUCGAACAUGAAUUCUUCAUGCGAAUUGCUCGAUCGUUUCCGUUACUGAAGCAUUUAUGUAUUUGGAAUCGUGAAUCACAACAACUGAAUGGUCUUGUAACAUUUUCGUCUGACAAUUAUCAAUCACACUCAUUAAUUGAAUAUCCUCAUUUGACUAUACUCGAUGUCACGUUUUCACAUAUAGAUUAUGUUGAACAAUUUCUAAAUGAAACAAAAACACUUGUACCUUGUCUAACGGAAUUCAAAUUCUCACUUGUUGAUGUUUUAAAAGCUGUAACAAAAGACUUUACAAGGGAAGAAACACGACGCAAUUGUGCGAAGGUGAAAAAAAUAACUUCGACGGAUCCCAUGAUACAUUCGGAAGAUUUCUGUCUUUAUUUUCCUUCUCUGUAUAAGUAG